AUGGAGCACACAGAAUACUACGACGACAGCGAGGCGGCAAGCUCUGCGACUGGCAUGCAAACCCCAAAAUCCACCCCAUCAGCAAGCCUCGACGGCCAGCCUCCCGCCGGAUCCGCAGCCAGCACAACCUCUUCGUCCCACGCCUCGUUUCCCCCCAUCGCCAUAGUCGGCAUGGGGAUGCGUCUACCGGGCGGGAUACACGACGCAGAAGCAUACUGGGACCUGCUGGUCAACGGACGCACGACGCGCACGCCCAUCCCCAGGAGCAGGUUCGACGUGGACGCCUGGCACAACGUCGCCAGCCGACACGGGCACUUCCUCACCGACGAGACGCUGCGCCGCCUCGACGCCGGCUUCUUCUCCUCGCUGAGCAGGCAAGAGGCCGAGAUGAUGGACCCGCGGCAGCGGCUGCUGCUGGAGGUGGUGCACGAGGCGUUUGAGACGGCGGGCGAGACGCGCUGGAGGGGCGCCGACGUGGGCGUCUACGUCGGGCAGAUGGGCGACGAGUGGGACAACAUGGCCAUGCUGGACAGGCAGCGGGCCAGGUCUGUCAGGCCAGAGGUGUCGGGGGAUUAUAUCGCUGCCAACAGGGUAUCUUACGAGUUUGACCUCAGGGGGCCGAGCAUGGUUGUGCGCACAGCCUGUUCCUCGUCCCUCGUCGCCCUGCAUCUAGCAUGCCAGGACAUCAACAGCGGGAACUGCAGCGCCGCCAUCGUCGCCGGCGUCAACCUCGCCCUGUCGCCAUCUGAGUGGUCCGUCAUGACGGAGCACGGGGUCCUCUCGCCGUCGGGUGAGUGUCGGAGCUUUGACGCGGCGGGGGACGGCUUCCUGCGCGGGGAGGCCGUCUCGGCCAUCUACAUCAAACCCCUGGCCGAGGCGGUGCGAGACGGUGAUCCGCUCAGGGCCGUCAUACGCGGCACUUGCGCAUCCAAUGACGGCAGGGGCGUCGCGGGGGGGAUCACGGUGCCGGACUCGGCUAGCCAGGAGCGCACCAUGAGGAGGGCUUAUGCGAUGGCUGGGAUCCACGACCUGGAGAGCACCGCGAUGGUUGAGUGUCAUGCUACUGGCACAAAGGUCGGUGAUCCACUCGAGGCCGCCGCCGUGGCGCAGAUAUGGGGAGAAAAAGGAAUCAUCAUUGGCUCUGUCAAACCAAACCUCGGCCACGGUGAAGGUGCAUCGGGAAUCUCGAGCAUCAUCAAGAUGGUCCUGUCGCUCGAGGCCAGAAAAAUACCCCCAAACAUCAACUUUGAAACCCCCAACCCUCUCAUCCCUUGGAAAGCCGCCAAGCUCACGGUGCCAACCCAAGCCCUCGAAUGGCCUGCAGAUCGCAAGGAGCGCGUGUCCAUCAACAGCUUUGGAAUAGCAGGCACAAACGCCCACGUCAUUCUCGAGUCCGCCGCGUGUGCCGGUGUUGGAGACUACUGCCAGCGCAGCCCGGGCAGCUCGGACAGCACCACAUCGCGUCUGCUUGCCUUUUCGGCCAAGCAUCCAGCCUCUCUGAAAAACGUGGUGGACGCAACCAAAACGUACAUCAAUACAAGGAGCGCAUCUUUGACUGACGUCGCUCACACGCUCUGUCUUGGAAGGAUCCCUCACGGCUACCGCGCUUUCUCCGUUGUUGGACAAGAGAGACCAGACGCAGGGGGGUUGGAGGUGACGUACCAGGCCCAAGACGCAUCGGGUGCUCUACCAACAGCCAGCAUGGAAACUCCGCGUGUAGUCUGGGUUUUCACAGGCCAGGGUGCCCAGUGGGCGCAGAUGGGUGCCGAGCUGGUGGAUAAAGAACCCGUGACCAACCGCAAAGGGGAACUCUCCAAGCCCAAAUCCGAGAGCCGCCUGUCCGAAGCCCAAUUCUCGCAACCAGUCCUCGCAGCUCUCCAAAUCGCCCUGGUCGACCUCCUCCGCUCAUGGGGCGUCCAACCCUCCGCCGUGGUGGGGCACAGCUCGGGCGAGACGCCAGCCGCCUACGCCGCCGGGGCCCUGACGGCCGAGGACGCCUUCCUCCUGGCCUACCACCGCGGGGCGUUCAAGCCCCUCCUCCGGGCCGCGCACAGCGGCGGCAUGGCGGCGGUGGGGCUGGGCAGGACGGAUAUCGAGCGCGGCGGCUUCCUCAGGCCCGGCGUCAUGGUCGCCUGCGACAACUCGCCGAGCAGCGUCACGCUCUCGGGCGAGGCGGACGUCCUGCCCGCGGUCAUGGCCGAUAUCGCCGCGAGGGCGACGCCGGGCGUGCUGUGCAGGAGGCUGGACGUCGAGUCCGCGUACCACUACGCCGACCACAUGUGGACCGUCAUGCCCGAGUUUGCCGCCGGCGUCGGCGGCGUCGACGGCAUCCGCUCGGCGUAUCGGCCGCUGCAGGUCCCCAUGUACUCGUCGGUGACCGCGGGGCGCAUCGACCAAGUCUCGACCGCUUACUACAUCAGGAACAUGGUCUCGCCGGUACUGUUCGACGGCGCCGUGCGGGCACUGCUGCGGGAUUUCGGCACCGCCACGCCGCCCAUCUUCGUCGAGGUGGGUCCGCACUCGGCCUUUGCAGGCCCGAUCCGGCAAAUCUUCCAGUCCGAGCCGGCACGCGGCGCAACGGCACGCUACAUCCCCACCCUGAUCCGCCACCGCCACGACGCCGCGGCGCUCCUGCGCGAGACCGCCGGCAACCUCUGGCUGGCCGGCGUGGACGUGGACCUCGCGGCGGUCAACCCAGCGGGGCGGCGCCUCGCGGACCUCCCGACCUACAAGUGGCACUACGAGCCGGGCAGGGAGUACUGGACCGAGGCGCGCAUGUCGCGCGACCUGCGCCGCGCCGGCGAGGGCCACCACGAGAUCCUGGGCGGGCGCGUCGUCGAGACGGGCGACGCCUGCCCGUCGUGGAGGUGCAGGCUGCAGGUCGAGGACGUGCCCUGGCUGCGCGACCACGUCGUCGCGGGCGAGGCCGUCUUCCCCGCCGCGGCCUACGUCGUCAUGGCCGGGGAGGCGCUCCGGCGGCUGGCGGGGGCCGCCGGUGCCGGGCAGGGGGUUUCCAUGCAGGGCGUGGACUUUGUCGAGCCGCUGGUCCUGAGCGGCGAGAGCGUCGAGGUCGUCACCGCCUUGAUGCCCGUCGACUUGAGGGUGUCGUCGAGCGUGGCGGGCAAGUGGUUCAGCUUCUCCAUUUCGUCGCUGGGCUGCAACGGCAGCCAGUGGGUGACGCACGCCACGGGGAGAUGUCGGAUGGGGUGUGCGACAGACGCGUCCUCGACGGAGCACAUCCAAGCUUCUGAGCAGCAGCUGCCGCGGGCGGUGGAUCCACACGGCUUCUAUCAGACCUGGAAGCGGUACGGUCUCGAGUACGGCCCCAUGUUCCAAAGGCUGAUGAGAGCCAGCUCCGAGGUUGGCGAGAUGCGGGCGACCGGCACAAUCAACACCUGGUGCGCCCCUGAAGAGAGAAAGCUGUACUAUCCGGCGAUACAUCCGACAGUGCUAGACUCGAGCUUGCAUGUCUCUAUAGUCGCAGCCUGCCGUGGACUGCAGAGAAAUUUCGAUAGUGUCGCGGUUCCCAAGUCGAUCGAGGAGCUAUACAUCGGCGUCUGCGAUGAUCAAGCGGAUCUUCAUGUCACGGCAGAAUGUCACAGUGGUUCGUAUCAGACCAGUCACGUCACCGGGGUCUGUAACGGCAAGGUUGCUUUCCACAUUCGAGGGCUUGAAGUGGCGCCGAUGAGCUUCGGUACAUCUCUGGGGGACCAGGAUCCUCACGCCGGACACGUUCUCGAAUGGAAAGCCGAUGUUGACCUUUUCCGUGCUGGUCUUGGCCAGCCAGACAACACAGAAAAUGAGACCAGCAUUGGCCUUGGGGAGCUCCUUGACCUGCUCGGCCACAAGAAUCCCAACAUGACCAUCCUGGAAAUCCGCCCAGGCGCUGGAAGCCGGAACACCGCCACAAUAUUGAGCAUUCUAGGUUCAGGAACCCAAGCCCGGCGUUAUGGUACAUAUAUCAUUGCCUGUGCCACCGAAGACGCGUUGACAGCCACCAAAGGCUCUGUACAAGGCCAAGUUCCUGGCCUACAGUUUGCUAGGGUGGACCUAUCCCAAGGUAGCUGGCCAGAGGACACCUUGAAACAUUUGUCGUGCGACCUUGUCAUUGUCGAUCCCUUGGCAAUAACAUCAAUCUCCUCAGAAGCAGCAAAUGGGCAGCUGAAUGUCCUAGAGAAUAUCAAAAGACUAUUGCGUCCAGGUGGCCGUCUCUUGGUACACGAAUCAUCCGGCAGUAGUGAAGGCAACGGACCCGCUACAUCAUGUUACGGUUCCAGACUUUACGACCGGAAUCUUCUCAAUGAGAAAGUUUGGUCAGAACUCCAAGCCAGCACAGGGUGCAACCUGUCAGCAGACACUGACCAUAAGCCACAAAGCGACAAAAUCACAAUUGCUGCGAGCCCAUUGCCACAAGACAAACAGAGACCAAAGAAGAGACUCAGCAUUCUGGCACACGAUACCAGCCACCCCACAGUCGUCGCGGCAGCGCAGCACGUGGCCGCCCAUGGCAACGACUCCCUAGGCUACGACCUGGACUGGUUCUCGCCGGGCCAGCUGCUCCCGACCUGCCAGCCGGUCGUGAGCCUGCUUGAUUUAGAAGAGCAGUCCUUCUUCGACGAGAUGACCGCCGACAAGUGGGUCAUGAUCAAGACCUCCAUCCUUUCCCUCCAAGACACCGUCGGUGGCGAGGCGGCCAAGAUGCUGUGGGUCACCGGUCUCUCGCAGAUCGACUGCGUGGAUCCCCAGUACUCUCUCGCGCUGGGCUUUUUGCGCAGCGCUAAACGCGAGACCGGGGCUGACAUCGUCACGGUUGAGCUGGAGAGCUUUGGUGACGAGGGAUGGCACGCCGUGGCCAAGGUUCUCGACCAUCGCUUUGGGACAAGUACUCGGGCAGCCGCGACGCCUGUUGCGGAGGCUGUGGACUUGGACUGCGAAUAUGUCUUUUGCCGAGGGGAAGUCAAGAUCCCCAGGUUCAGAAGAGUCGUCAUCUCUCAUGAGUUGGUCAUCAAGCCAGAUUGCGAAACCAACCACAACAAGGAGCUAUCGCCAGAGAGACGCGACAUCAGCGAGGUUAUCGACAAGUCUAUCCUGCCGGCGCCUGCUCCCCACGGCUCAGGCCAGACCAGACGUCAGGCCUCCAUCCGACCAGACAGAACCUACGUGAUCGUGGGCGGUCUGGGAGGCUUGGGUCUCUCAUCUGCCAGAUUGCUCGCGGAGCGGGGUGCACGCCACGUCGUCUUCUUUUCACGUUCCGCCGAGUCGUACCUCGCCUCGCACCCCGAGAUCCUCACCGAAUUCACCGCCAUGCGCUGUCGCAUCCACGCCAUCUCGGGCAGCGUCGACAGCCCAGCCGACGUCGACGCCAUGGUAGCCACGGCAUCCCAACCCCCGAUCGGCGGAGUCAUCCACUCCGCCAUGGUGCUGCAGGACGAGGCCCUCGCCGACAUGACCUUUGCGCAGUGGCGGGCCGUGCUCGACCCCAAGGUCAAGGGGGUGCGGAACCUGCACGCCGCGCUGGCCGCGCACCAGCGGCGGAGCGGCCAGGCACCGCCCGACUUUUUCGUCCUCUUCAGCUCCCUCAACGGGCUGGGCGGGCAGGCGCGCCAGGCCAACUACGCGGCGGCCAACGGCUUCCUGGACGCGUUUGCGCAGUUCCGCCGCGGCCGCGGCCUCGUCUGCUCCGUCGUCGACAUCGGGCUGGUGGAGGACGUCGGCGUGCUGAGCAGAGACGCCCGGCGCCUGGCCGCCCUGCGCGCCGGGGCGCUGCACUGCCUGCGCGAGCGCGAGCUGCUCGACGCCCUGGAGCUGGCGGUGCUGCGGAGCAGCAGCAGCAGCGUUGUGAAUGGCGGUCGGCGCGGCUCGUUCGUCAGCGCUGCGCAGGUCGCCAUCGGGCUGGGCUCGGUGGCUUCCCUGCGCCGGGCGGCGGACCGGUCAGGCUGGACCAGAGACCCGCGCCUGCUUGUCCACCACGUCGGCGCCAGCAAGGCCGCGGUCGAGUCCGACGGCGACGACGACUUGGGGCGGCUGAGGGGGUUGCUUCAGUGCUGUGCGCAGGGCGACGUCCCCAUCUCCGUGGCGGAGGAGGCUGCGAGUCUUUUGGCGCGGCAGAUUGCGGUGAUUCUGGGAGGUUUCCUGAUGCAGGGCGAGUCUGGGGCGGUGGACGUGGACGCGUCGAUGAGGAGGCUUGGCGUGGACUCCCUGGUCAGCAUCGAGUUGCGGAACCUGCUGCGGAGGAAGUUUGGGCUGCCUGGGCUGCAGGUGCAGGAUGUCCGCGACUCUGCGACGCCAACGGAGCUGGCCAAGCUGGCUAUUGAGAGGAUGCUGCUGGCGGCGGGAGAGAAUCCAAGGUCUCGGAUGCCGGCUGGAGUUCCACCAGUUUGA